AAACACAAUGUCGCACCCGGAAGCUCUUGAAAAAAUCUUCCAAAAAUUGGAGCAAGAGUCUGAACGCCGUGCGGCACUCGCCCACUCGGCUCAAGAAUCCCAGGCGCACCAACUCCAACAUCAGACAUCCUUCUCCCACGUCAACUACGACGCAAACCAGCCGUCUGGUACGACGAACAACGCCCGUGUUCGCUCGACCACCCUCACCUCGUCACUUUCCUCACCGCCGUCAUCUGAACGCCUUCGUUCUCUCUCUUCCCGCGAGCGAUUACGUGCCGCCCCUUCUUCCGAGCGUUUACGCGCUCCAGCUUCUGCCGAACGUUUACGGGCAGUACCAUCGGUUGAACGUAUGAACUCCACGUCGGCUACGGAGAAGGUCGACUCGACAAUGAGCUCGCCAACGAGCUUGAGCCCUGCUUUGACCCCCGCAAGUCCCAGGUCGGAGGUACAGUCUCUCACAUUCAGCCCCACUAGUCCUGCGGCCGUUCCGGCUUCGAACGAAAACCCCCAGCGCACGUAUGGGAGGGACAGGGAAAGGCGAAGGGGGAGCAUCUCCAUAACUCGGUUCGGACAGCCCGACGACCAGGGAGCAUCUGCGUUCAGCACGACGGACCCAAAUGCUCCUUCUGGAGUCGCCUCCGUCAACGGUAACGGCAAUACCGCGAACGGGACUGGACCCGCCGUCGGCUUCGCAUCAAUAUAUCCGUCUAAUAACCGUGCCCGAACCCAGAGCACAGAUACCGUCUCCUCUCUCGGCUCUAACACUUCCCUCACACACCGUCUCGAAUCCGACCACAUCACCCAAAUUCAAACUAUCGCUCCACGUGCUUCCAUCUCUCGCAGCGUCGGCGAAAUCAUCGCACGUAAACUCUCCCGCUCACGGUCCAAGGCCUCCCUCAUUGGCGGCGGCGGGCUGGACGGAAACGUCGUGAUCGGCGUGGUAGUGGAAGAAAAGACUUCUUCUGCUUCGUUGGAGGUCGGGCUCGACCUUGAUCACGGCCUUCCGACGUCUCCUGUCAGCCCCACCGCACCCAGCCACCAUAGUAAUGGGAACGGCAGUGGCGCGGGAGUAGAAGGGCAGGCGGCGUAUGUGCGGCCAGAGAGCAGGGCGGCCGUCGUAGCCCUCCACACUCUCAACGCACCUCCAGCCGGCAAGAAUACCAGGGGAAUGAACCUGAUGGGUAGUGGGGGCCUAGGAGACAAGUUGAAGAAAAGGGCGACAGUCCGGGAAGGCAAGAUUUUGAAGAAGGAGACGUCGAGAUUCGCCAUGCGGAGAAGUAAGAGCAGUGAUCGGGUGGUUGAUGAGAGCAGCGUUCCCUCCGUCACUGUCAGGCAUGCGGUGAAUGGGGACGAUGAAGCGACUAUUCCUGAUAACGAGAACGCGGAAGAGAACGACGAUCUGGGCACUGGAUGGGUGGGGAAGGCGAAGGACCUGGGGAAGAAGUGGAAAAGGAGGAGCACCGUUCUCUUCGGUGGAAAUACCGCUACCUCAACGCCGCCCACACCGACUUCGAUUGCUAUCCCCGUCUCUGCGCCACCAUCCGUAGCCGUGUCUGCUGCCUCUCCGCCAUCGUAAAACUUGCCCUGGACUGUGCACCUGCUUCUAGGAUUCCUUCUCUCCGUCAUCAUCUUGGGUCAGGCUUCUUGUUUCUUGUGUUUUUCCCGCUUCUGUUUUCUGCUUUCUAUCACUGCCUCUGUUUCGCCCGUGUUUCGAUAUUUUGUUCCUUGUUGCCUUCGGUUUGCUUGGUGUGUAUAGUUAUUCACUUUGUGUGUGCUUGUUUGGAUUUGGCCGUUGGUCCCCAUUUCGGGCUUCGUUGCGUUCGUCUAUCUCUAUCCGUUAGAUUAUCUUUUGUUUCUGCUCUCUUGUCCGUUCCUGCGCUUCUUCCGUCUUCCAUUUUCUAUUUCCUCUCAUCUCUCAAUCUCUCGUUCAUCUCCCACUCCAGUCUCUCUGCUUGCUCAUUGCCAAUGUAGCAUCAAUCGUCGUUCGUUCAACCACACUCAUUCCUCUCUCUAUUCACUAUCUCUCACUCGUCUAUUUCUUUCUCUUUCCGCUGUCGUCACUUCACUUCCCAUCUUGCUUCAUUCUUCAUUCUUCGAUCUUGAGACCGUACAUCCUGCAUCGUUCCCCUCCAUCUCCAUCUCCUCAUCCACCCAUCUUCCCCCCACUCACCUCUUGCCCCUUA